AGGGCAGGUCAAGAUUGGUUUCUCACCUUCAUGAGACGACAUCCUGAACUGGCAGUUCGUAAGGCUCAAGGAAUGUCUACUGCCAGAGCCAAAGGCAUGACGAGACAAGAAUGUACCCAAUAUUUCGAACUACUAGGAAACGUUUUGACAGAAAAUAAUUUAUUAAAUAAGCCUCAAAACAUGUUUAAUCUCAAUGAAACUGGAUUGCAGUUAAAUAAUAAUCCAGGCAAAGUUGUAGUAACUAAAGGCACUAAAAUGGUAAACUGUAUCACGAGUGCUGAAAAGGGAGAAACUAUUUCCGUUAUAACGCGUGUAAACGCAGAAGGCAGUUUUUUCCCACCCUGCUGUGUAUUCAAAGGGAAAAAUAAAAAAAAAGGAAUUUGAAGAUGGUCUACCACCUGGAGGAAAGGUUGUUAUGGGCGAGAAGUCAGCUUAUCUCAAAUCUGAAAUUUUUUUCCAAUGGUUUCGUGAAUUUUUUGUUCCGCGGAAAGGUGCCUAACCUGUGGGAUUUACCCUUUUA